ACCUUUUUCACUUUCACUUUUUUUUUUAUUCAUACCUCGUUCGUUUUACCUUCCUUUAAACGAUAACCCCUCCUUUCAUUAAAUCAACCUAAUAAUGCGUUCUUCAAUUGCUGUUGCUGUCGCAUGCAUUGCUUUUGCUAUGUCUGCCGACGCAGCUCCCGCCACAUGUGUUAAAUCUUACAAGGUCGUAUCUGGUGACACUUGUUCUACCAUUGCCAAAAAAGCAUCCAUCACUUCUUCAAAGUUAAUUUCUUUAAACUCUGCAGUCAAUUCCAAAUGUAGUAAUUUGAAGAUCGGCCAAGUCCUUUGUCUUAGCACAUCUGGCACUGUCAAGACUACGACCAAGAAGGCUUCUACCAAAAAGACCACCAAGAAGACAACUACCAAGAAGACAACCAAGAAGACAACCAAGAAGACAACGACUAAAAAGACAACCAAAAAGGCUACUACCGUUAGCCCUGUUGCCAAACCCAUUCUCACUGCCACCGCCACUACUACCACCACCACCACCGCUGCCACUACUACUACUAAGGCAACCACUACCAAGCCUACCACUACCACUAAGGCUACUACCACUACCAAGCCUACCACUACC